UUCCCCGCCCCCUCCGCGCGCGCUGAUCGCGACUGCGCGCGCCGAGCCUGCGCGGGCGCCGGCGGGAAGGGGAAGCGGCGGAUUAUGGGCAACAAUCCUUUUAGUUGAACUGUCAUCAUCAUGGCUAGUGAGGGAUGUGCCAAGGCUGGCGAUAGUCCUUUUUCAUCAGAUAAACAUGCUCAACUCAUCUUGGCCCAGAUGAACAAAAUGAGGAAUGGACAGCAUUUCUGUGAUGUGCAGCUGCAAGUUGGGACAGAAACUUUCAAAGUUCAUCGGCUGGUUUUGGCUGCCAGUAGUCCUUACUUUGCAGCUUUGUUCACUGGAGGAAUGAAAGAGUCCUCAAAGGAUGUUGUACAGAUUCUAGGAAUUGAAGCUGGAAUCUUUCAAGUACUUCUAGAUUUUAUUUACACAGGUACAGUGAACAUAGGAGUGAAUAAUGUCCAGGAGUUGAUUGUUGCCGCAGACAUGCUGCAGUUGACGGAAGUUGUUAAUCUGUGCUGUGAGUUUCUGAAAGGACAGAUCGAUCCACAGAACUGCAUUGGGAUCUUUCAGUUCUCCGAGCAAAUCGCCUGCCAUGAUCUUUUGGAAUUUACAGAAAACUAUAUUCAUGUCCAUUUCUUGGAGGUUCAUAGUGGGGAAGAGUUCCUGGCGCUUACCAAAGAUCAGCUGAUCAAAGUGUUGCGAAGUGAAGAGCUCAGCAUCGAGGAUGAAUACCAGGUCUUCUUAGCAGCAAUGCAGUGGAUUCUGAAAGAUCUGGGAAGGAGAAGAAAACAUGUGGUGGAAGUGCUCGACCCGAUUCGAUUCCCCUUACUACCUCCUCAGAGGCUUUUGAAGUACAUAGAAGGAGUAUCUGAUUUUAAUCUUCGUGUUGCAUUGCAAACGCUUUUGAAAGAGUACUGUGAGGUCAGCAAAUCUCCCAAAGAGAACAAAUUUUGUAAUUUUCUGCAGACAUCUAAGGUUCGACCUCGGAAGAAAGCAAGAAAAUACCUGUAUGCAGUAGGUGGAUAUACUCGGUUGCAGGGGGGCCGUUGGAGUGAUAGCAGAGCCCUCAGCUGUGUAGAACGUUUUGACACCUUUACCCAGUACUGGACCACCGUGUCUUCGCUGCAUCAGGCUCGAUGUGGACUAGGAGUAGCGGUUCUGGGAGGGAUGGUGUACGCAAUUGGAGGUGAAAAAGAUUCAAUGAUUUUUGACUGUACUGAAUGCUAUGAUCCAGUUACUAAGCAGUGGACAACUGUAGCUUCAAUGAAUCAUCCCCGCUGUGGCUUGGGAGUGUGUGUGUGUUAUGGGGCUAUCUAUGCUUUAGGUGGUUGGAUUGGAGCUGAAAUAGGGAACACCAUUGAAAGAUUUGAUCCUGAUGAAAAUAAGUGGGAAGUCGUUGGCAACAUGGCUAUGUCUCGCUACUAUUUUGGGUGUUGUGAAAUGCAAGGUUUAAUUUAUGUAGUUGGGGGCAUCAGCAAUGAAGGAAUAGAGCUUCGUUCUUUUGAAGUUUAUGAUCCGCUUUCCAAGCGUUGGUCUCCACUUCCUCCGAUGGCAACCAGAAGAGCGUAUCUUGGGGUGGCUGCCCUCAAUGACUGCAUCUACUCUGUUGGCGGGUGGAAUGAGACGCAAGAUGCUCUUCAUACUGUAGAAAAAUACUCCUUUGAAGAGGAAAAAUGGGUUGAAGUUGCCUCAAUGAAAGUGCCUCGAGCAGGCAUGUGUGUUGUGGCAGUCAACGGGCUUCUGUAUGUUUCUGGAGGUCGAUCUUCCAGCCAUGAUUUCUUGGCCCCAGGUACCCUGGACUCAGUUGAGGUUUAUAAUCCUCAUUCCGAUACAUGGACAGAAAUCGGUAACAUGAUCACCAGCCGUUGUGAAGGAGGUGUCGCUGCUCUCUGAAGUACAAAAGCACACGCGGGCACGAGAAACAUUUUGAAAAUACAGGAUCUGACCUUUUGCAAGUCACACUUGUAUUGGGUGAUAGGUGCCUCUCAUUCUAUUGAGUGUUCCAUGAAUUAGGUAGAUAAAUAACUAAAGAAUGAUGUUUAAAAAAAUAAUUUGAGUGAGAAAUGAUAUGGAAUAUAUCCAAAAUCAGUAAAGAGCGCACACAAAUUUGCCAAAUUUACCAAUAAAAAUGCUGUUUAUGCUUUAGCAUUGUCCAGUUAGAGGUCAAGUCUUGUUUGUAAAAAUGAUUUGCUAUGAAAGCUUCUUGACAGAUAACUCCUUUAACAGCUUCUCCAGUGUAAUUCGAGCUAAAACAUGACCCUUAUGUGAUACGAAUAUCAGAGACAGUUUAAAGAUGUCUACAUUCAUGAUUCAGUCUUGAGCACAAUUUUUUCAUGGCCAUAGUUUACCCUACAGAGAAAAGCCAAUGAAACAACUUCCCAUUUUAUUUUAUUCCAGGAGUUUUCAUUAGCCGCACUUUUUUAUUGGCAGCAGUUAUACUGGGAGGGACAUAUGGGAAAUAUCUAGCUAUUUAUAUAAGUAGCGGAGUCCUUGCCUAUUGAUAACAGCCUAAAGAUGCUUUUGCUACUUCUGCUUCUUGUCUUGCUGUGGGAGUUAAUUGAUGUGAGUAGUGAUAGGAGGUUCUUAGUGAUGGUCCUUUAUUGCAGUAGGAUGGUGUCAUGGGUAAUUGAGCCCAGCAGGUUAUAUGCACUGGUUUUCUAAACAGUCAUCAAAAAUAUGCUUGGCUUUGGGAUGAGGGAAUUUUAUUACAUGGUCAAGCUUUGUGAAGCAUCCUCACACUCGGGCAAGCCUAGUCUGAGCUUACUGCAAAGCUCCUGCCUGCCUUGGAGAAGACGGAAUUGUAUGUACCUGUAAAACUUUGUGUAGACACUGACUCCUAAGUGAAUGUUGAAAUGCCUCCGAUCCAAAAAGCCUUCUCAAAACUUCUCAUUUUCCUUGCGAAGGGGUCUCCAAAAUUGUCCUUUGUCCCGUUCUGAGAGGAGGCUUCCUUGUGUGCAUGAUCAUCACUUUUAAAUCGUUUCUGCUGGCCAGUUGGUGCCAUCUGUGUAAAGGUCUUCUGUCUGUUUAGGUUUAUGUAGCAAGUCUAGGGUGAUUUUUAUUUUUAUUUUUUGGCCUUUUAAGGCUGCACCUGCAGCAUAUGGCGAUUCCCAGGCUAGGGGUCUAAUCAGAACUACAACUGUCGGCCUGCAGCACAGCCACAGCAACGUGGGAUCCGAGCCGCGUCUGUGACCUACACCACAGCUCACGGCAACACCGGAUCCUUAACCCACUGAGUGAGGCCAGGGAUCCAACCUGAAACCUCAUGGUUCGCCACGAUGGGAACUCAUAGGGUGAUUUUUAUAUGCCCAAUUUCCCCUUUCCUUUACUAAAGUCCUUGGUAUAUUGUUGUAGGCAUCAGCAGCUUUAGAUAGAAAAUGUUUGAUAAAGAUUAAAUUCAUCUCCAAAAUAUUUGGAUUGAUACACAAGGAUACUAUAACAUAACCAUAUGCAUAUGUUGAGAAAAGCUUAUGUAGUACAGACAGAAAGCUGUUUCCCAUUCUUUGCAGUAUCCUGAAAGUCUGAAGUCUUUCUUCUGCAUGGUUGGGAUCUAUAAAAUGUCAAGGAGUGAAAUAUCAAGAUAAUUUGUGAACUAUUUAACCUCUAACUUAUGUGCCUUUAAUAUUUCUAGUUACAGAGAAUCUGUAUUCUGGUUCAAAAGAGAUUUACAAAUUUCCCUAUCAUUUAAUUUUCAUUAUUGCCUGGUACCAAUCUAAAAUGUCAUUAUAAAGGUAGGCAUUUGUGCUGCUGUGGCAGAAUUGUAGUCAAGACAAUCAGUGUUUGGGCUUAAUAGGUCCAGGCAGUCCCUGAAAAUAGGUAAUUGUAAAUAUGCUUAUUUCUUAGGUAAUGACAGAUUGUUUUAAAAAGAAUGUACUAAUAAAGUAUCUUGAUUUUU